AAACAUAACAUUGAGUCUAAUGUUAUUGAAAAUGAUAUGAUAUGUCAAACAAUACAUUAAUAUUAGAGUAGAGUUUGGUUUAGUUAUACAUAUGAUUGUAUUGUAAUGAUUGGUGACCUUAACAGUGAUGAAUGCCAUUCAUUAUACAGUAAACUACAGUAGAUAUCAUGUGAACAAUGACUACAAAUAUUAUAUAGUAUUACAAUAAUUGUUAGUUUUGGUCCACUUUCAGACCAAUCAUUGAUUUAACGCACGGAUCAACUGUUGACCAGUUAAGUGAUGGUCAUAUAAAUUGGUUGUCUGUUUAAUGCCCACAAAACUCUGUGAUCUCUGGAUUUUCUCUCUCUCUAUGUCUUAUUGAAUGCUCAAUAAACUAAUGGCAAACUUUGAUUUGUCAGUAUUCAAGUCAAACGGAUCCCAAUUGAAGUCAUUGAUUGUGAUUAUAAUUAAUGUUAUAUUUAUGUCGAUAAGCCAUUCAUUGAAACAAUCGCUACAAAACUCUAUUUUAUUAUAUAAUUAUUUAAUGCAAUCAAUUGAAAGCAAUACUACUUUUUGUAAAUUAUGGCAAAUAUUAGCGCAAACUGUGAUUCAAUACAAACAACAACUAAUAAUAAGGACUCCAAAGCCAAGUCAAGUGAAGUCACAUUUGAGGAGUCAAUUAGUUUAUUGCCUUCAAGUGAUGCCAAUGUAAAUAGUCUUAAUAUUUAUCAUCACAACAAUAAUAGCAAUACAAAUGAGACCUCAAAGCAAAACUCAGGUCAAUCUACAUCGUCGACAACAAUCGGCAGCAAUAAUAGCAAUCAUUUUAAGUCAAAUAAUUGCCAAAACAAUAAAAGAGUUGAUAUACCGCCUGAUGGAGGCUGGGGUUGGGUCGUAGUGUUCGCCAGUUUUAUGAUUAAUUUUAUAUCAGACGGCGUUUCCUUCUCUUUUGGUAUUAUUUUCUUGGAAUUAGUCGAUCAUUUUGGUGAAAGCAAAAGUAAGACAUCAUGGGUUGGGUCACUGUUUCUAUCAAUUCCAUUAAUUACUGGUCCCAUAGCCAGUGCACUAAUUGAUCAUUUCGGGUGUCGCCGAAUGGCAAUUAUUGGCUCAAUUAUGUCUUCUACCGGUUUCAUUGCCGGUCAUUUUGCCAAUAGACUGGAACAUCUGUUUAUAGCAUUUAGUUUUUCUGGAUUGGGAUUAGCUCUGUGUUAUGUCGCUAGUAUUGUAAGCGUUGCUUAUUAUUUCGAGAAAAGACGAUCCCUGGCCACUGGUUUGGCAGUUUGUGGCUCUGGUUUUGGGACAUUUUUGUUCCCACCUCUCACUAUAUAUUUACUAAAAGAGUUUAGAUGGAGAAAAACUCUUUUAAUUAUUGGUGUGAUUUUUCUCACAAUUAUUAUCUUUGGGGCCUUAAUGAAAGACUUUGAUCUUUAUUUUAACACAAAUGAUAGCAACGAUAUUGAAAGAGCUGACCAUAAUUGUGAUAAUAAUAAUUCUAAUACUUUAUUAUCUAAUAAAACAUUUAAUAAAAUUUGUAGUGAAGAUCAAAGUAAUGAAGAGGAGAUGAAAAUGAAUGCCGAUUCGAGAUUAUGUUCUUCUCUGAUCCACAUUCCCACAUAUUUUCGACAUAAUGACGGCAAUACUGUCUCCCAUGAAGUGAUUAGCGAAUUGAGUCUUAAAAAAGGUGGAUAUUUAAGACGACUUUUGCAAAGACAUCCAAAAUUGGUUGCCUUUAUUAUGCCUCAAGAAUACCAGAAUUAUGACUUAAAUGUCAAUAAAUCUUUGGUCACAAAUGCUCUUUCGUUAAGUCCUACGACAAGAAAUUCAAACGCAGUUCAAUCAAAUACAGUAUUAAAAAUGCAGUCAAACAAAACAAAUGCAAUAAAAAAAGAGUUAACAACUGAUACAACCGGUAAUUAUUUAAUGAAAUCUAAUUUGGUUCCAAUCGGCGAAUUGUCUCCACUUUCAUCAAAUUUGUUACGAAAUUUACGUCUACAACGCGGAAGUAUUACCUAUAGAAACGCAAUGCUUAACAUUAAAAAAUAUAAACUUCGCGCAUCCAGUGCUCCCGAUAUUUACCGAAACUCUAUGGUUGCUAUUCAUGAAAAAAGUGGAUUUCUUUACAAUUUGAAAGAUGUCUUUCUAGAUAUGAUAGAUCUGUCAAAUUUCAAGAGUUUUCGUUAUUCUUUGUUUUGUUUUUCAAAUUUUCUACUAUAUGUGUGUAUAGACGUGCCGUAUGUCUAUUUACCCGAUCAGACCAUCAUUUCGGGUUCGGCUGAUAAGGACUCAUUCUCUUACGUCAUUUCAAUCAUCGGUAUAUUCAAUACAUUAGGAAUUGUUUUCGUGGGGUAUUUUGGUGACAAACGAUGGGUCGAUCCAUCACUACUUUACAGUUGUUUUAUAGUAAUAAAUGGAUUUUCUUUGGCUAUAAUCCCGUGGCUUCACAACUUCUGGGGAACUGCUAUAAUGGCUGCUCUCUAUGGGUUUACCAUAAGUGCAAACUAUGCAUUAGUAUCAAUCAUUUUAGUGAAUCUCAUAUCAUUGGAUUCAUUCACUAAUGCAUACGGACUCUUGUUAUUAGUUCAGGGGUUUGGUUCACUCGUAGGACCACCCAUUGCGGGCUGGUUAUUUGAUUAUUUUGGUGAUUAUAACGUGGCUUUCCAUUUGACCGGUAUUUGUAUCUUUAUUUCUGGUGCACUAGUCGUCCCAAUUACCAGAUCUUCCAAUUGUCUGACCGUUGAGGACGACUUCACCGAAAUCACAGAGUCUAGUCGUCCGAAUAGUCCAAGAAUUAAUGACUCGAUUCAUUCAAGUGAGACUCAAGAAGUUACUCAAAAUCAAUUGAUGCCAUCACUCAUGACAUCCGUGGACACUAAAAAUCUAACUUUAAAAGUAUUAGAUAACGGAUUCAAUAAGAAUGUAUUGAAACCAAACGCGAAAUCUUUUGAUGGUCUCAACAACUCAUUGAUUGGUUCUAAUAUUGUUUAAAAUAUUAUCUCAUUUUUAAUCUACAAAUUGUGUGAUUUAUUAAUCUUAUUAUUAAUAAUUAUUGAUUAUUAUGACUAUCUAUUAUUCCAAAUGUUAUUAUUA